AUGGCGGAAACGGACUCGACAUCGAGGGUCAACGCGCCUGCUGGUGUCUCUAGUGGUGCUACCGGACAGAAUAGCCGUACGCACCGAGUACUACUGACACGGAGGACCACACUACUUGCAGCACUGGGUCGGGCCGAGGCAUUUUUGGCGGACUACGAUGCUGUGAGGGACGCGACGAAGGUGCAGGUGCGGCUGGACCACAUCGAGAACGUUUGGAAGAGCUUAGAGGAGGUGCAGACGGAAUUGGAGUGUGCUGAGGAGAGCGAAGAAGGUAUGGAAUUGCAUGAAGAAGCACGUGCCAGCUUUGAAGAACGAUUGCUAAUAAUAAAAGCAGAAUUAACAUCCAAACUUCCUGUUAUUCCUAUUGACUCUCAAAUCCUUCAAACUGUACACCCUACUUCCGCUCUCUCUGGUUUGAAACUGCCGACUAUUUCUCUUCCUGAAUUCGACGGGGACUAUAUGCAAUGGUUGGGUUUCCAUGAUACGUUCUUAGCUCUGAUUCAUUCGAACACCGAUGUGCCAGCGAUUCAGAAGUUCCACUAUCUGAAAGCAGCUUUGAAAGGGGAGGCUGCCCAGCUAAUUGAAUCGAUUGCGAUUAGCGCAGCGAAUUAUAAUUUGGCUUGGGAUGCUCUGGCUCUUUUCGACGUUCAUCCAAUGAAGAAGGAAACCGCAGUGACACUCCACGCGUUGGUGGACGAGUUUGAACGUCAUGUGAAGACUCUGCAGCAGAUGGGCGAACCGACGGCGCAGUGGAGCAGCAUUCUUAAGCACCUACUGUGCACACGUCUACACGAUGACACGCUCAAAGCGUGGGAGGACCAUGCCUCCACCGUGGACGAUCCGAACUAUUCGUGUCUCAUCGAUUUUCUCCAACGUCGGAUGCGUGUUUUGGAAUCAAUUUCCGUCAAUAACCAUGCGUCUCCUUGCUAUGGGAAUUCGGCGAACAGUAACUUGAAAAGGUCAACUCAGUUUCGUCUUUCUUCGAACGCUGCCACUACUAAUUCUGGCAGUAAGUGCCCUGCGUGCGGCCAGGAGCAUUUCAUCACCCGGUGUCAGAAAUUCAACGGUUUUUCAGUUGCUCAGCGACGGCAACUGGUGUUCAAGAAGCGACUGUGUAACAACUGCUUGAAGGGUGAUCACAUGGCGAAGGAUUGCACUUCAAAUUUCAAUUGUAGGCAUUGCAAUAUGCGACACCAUUCUUUCCUCCAUUCUGCGUCGUACGAGGGUUCUCAGAGGUCCGCUCCCGAGACUCAUUUCUCCAGUACCCCAGCUGUAGUGCAGAAUGCUCCGCCCUUGGUGGGCAAGCCUAGUGUGCAAUCGACGGUUGCAGCCACCGAAAACAUCCUUGAUUGUGAGGUGAGUGCUCCAGUGCAGCAGCCGCGGGAAAACGUUUUUCUUCAGACGGUACUGGUGAAGAUUGUCGAUGCUUUUGGGCAGGAUCAUCUAGCACGUGCUCUUCUCGACAGCGCAUCGCAGCCCAACCUAAUCACUGAGCGGCUGGCACGCCUGCUACGACUAAGAAGAAGCAACGUGAACGUGACUAUCCAUGGGGCCGGUCAGCUUCAGCAAACGGUGCGCAACUCUAUCGUGGCCCAAGUCAAGUCGCGAGGCGGCAAUUUCGAUUUAGGGAUCAGCUUUCUAGUGAUAGACAAGGUCACUGCAGACCUUCCGGCGCAGGAUAUUACCAUCGCGGACUGGCAGAUUCCCGACGAACUUCCCCUGGCCGAUCCUGCGUUCAACAUGAGGCAACGCAUUGACAUGGUUCUGGGGGCGAAACAUUACCAUUCGUUCUUCCCCAGUGCAGCUCGCAUUCAGCUCGGUGAGCAGCUCCCACAUCUAAUGAAGAGCGUGUUUGGAUGGGUCGUAACAGGUUCCGCUUCACUACAACAGCUUACGCAACCGUCCACUUCCACUGUCAGUUCCUACAACACCGUAACUGUAUCCAUGAUUUCGUUGGAGGACAGCAUCGAGCGCUUUUGGAAGAUCGAAGACUUGCAGAUGAGUGAUAACUAUUCGGUCGAGGAACGUCACUGCGAAUCUUUGUUCCAAUCGACGGUGGCACGGACAGCUGAGGGACGCUACAUGGUCCGACUGCCUCGAAAGCCAGAUUUCGACGCCAUGAUGGGAGAAUCCAGAGCCAGCGCUCUUCGUCGGUACGAAAUGCUUGAGCGCAGACUGGAAAGGAACUCAACGCUCAAGGAGGAGUAUCACAAGUUCCUACAGGAGUACCUGUCCCUCGGCCAUAUGCGGCUGGUCGAGCCGGGCAGCAAAGUUACCGGCGCUGCUUAUUAUUUACCACAUCAUCCGGUUCUGAAGGAGUCAAGCACGACGACGAAACUUCGGGUGGUCUUCGACGGUUCUGCUAAAACGUCCACUGGUUAUUCCCUCAAUGAAGCGCUCUGUGUGGGACCGGUCGUUCAAGACGACUUGCUGUCCAUUGUUUUACGGUUUCGUACCUACCAGGUUGCCCUCGUCGGAGACAUCGCGAAGAUGUAUAGGCAGGUCCUGGUACACCCUGACGAUACUCCCCUGCAACGCAUCCUGUGGCGUUUUUCUACGGACACACCUGUCCAAACCUACGAGCUACUGACCGUGACAUACGGACUUACUCCAUCGUCAUUCCUGGCGACUCGCGCUCUUCAGCAAUUGGCCGCUGAUGAAGGCGACGCCUACUCUCUCGCUGGUCCAGCAUUAAGGAAGAAUUUCUACAUCGACGAUUUCAUCGGUGGGGCCAGCUCCACAGCAGAGGUAAUCCGACUCCGAGAAGAGCUGUCGGAUCUAAUGCAAAAGGGUGGACUCGAACUGCGCAAGUGGACAUCUAACCGUUUCGAAGUUCUGCAAGGCCUGGACGAAGACCAUAUCGGGACUCAAUCAACAUUGAGCUUCACUCCCAACGAAACAACCAAGGCACUGGGAAUCGGCUGGGAGCCAGAGAACGAUUUUCUUCGCUUCGAUUCAACGGUGCAACCACGAGAAGCGCCGCCCACGAAACGUACGAUACUCUCUGACAUCGCUAAGCUAUUCGAUCCUCUUGGGUUGAUAGCACCUGUGGUUGUACGCGCUAAAAUCCUCAUGCAGGAGUUGUGGCUGCUUUCCUGCGACUGGGACGAACCGGUCCCAGAUACCGUGCGAAGGAAGUGGGAGAGUUUCAGCAGUGAGCUUCCACUUAUCUCGUCCUACCGAGUUGAACGCUGCGCAUUCCUACCAGAUUCGCGCGUGGAGCUGCACACUUUCGCGGAUGCCUCUCAAGACGCUUACGGAGCGUGUACGUAUGCUCGUUGCAAAAACGACCAGGGAGAAGUGAAAAUAAUUCUGCUUGCCUCGAAGUCCAGGGUCGCACCGCUCAAACGCCUAUCCAUCGCACGCUUAGAGCUUUGUGCAGCCGUUCUCGCAGCACAUCUGUACCACCGCAUCAAGCAAGCCAUCGACGUCAGCAUUUCCGCAGCAUACUUCUGGUCAGACUCAUCCGUAACCCUGCAGUGGCUCCAGUCUCCACCCAACGUAUGGAAAACUUUCGUCGCUAACCGCGUGUCCGAGGUGCAACACUACACGCAUGGAUGCCGGUGGAAUCACAUUUCUGGAGUUGAGAAUCCCGCUGAUCUGGUGUCCCGGGGUCUCUCGGUCGAAGAUUUCCUUUGUAGCGACCUGUGGAAGCGUGGACCUGCAUGGUUGUCGAGUUCAUCUGAACACUGGCCAAUUUCGAAGCCGUCAGAAGUCGCCGACGAGGUUUUGGAGAUUAAACAAUUAGUCGCUAUCGUUCAAACACCAUCAACGUGUAACUUCUUGUUCCUCCGUUGGAGUUCGUACAGACGCCUGUUGAACUGCACUGCCAUUUGCUUACGCUUCAUCAACAAUGCACGUAUCAAAGCUAGAACCCAAUCAAUCCCCACUACAGAGCCUGUGUCGCAAAUACUUACCGUCGAAUAUCUUACCCAAGCCAAAACGCUGCUGCUUCGCCUAGCCCAGAGAGAUGCCUUCCGAGAGGAAAUGAAGGACUUGAAAGCAGGAAAACCCCUGCCAAAACGCUCCCACAUUCGCCAAAUGAAUCCCUUCAUUGAUCCAGAGGGUGUAAUGAGAGUCGGUGGUCGGUUAAACCUUUCGCAGUUGCCCUACCAAUCAAAGCACCCUGCCCUCCUCCCAAGCAAUCAUCCUUUCCCUAAAUUAAUCGCUGAGCACUAUCACCUUAAGCUUCUUCAUGGCGGCGGGCGUCUUCUGCUAAGCGUCAUCCGCGAAGAAUUCUGGCCGUUACACGGCCGUCAACUAGUUCGUUCCACUACACCUACCUACCUCGCGAGUCACACCGAGUCGCCCAUUUUCCGUCACGGGUGUCGAUUACGCCGGGCCGCUCUACAUGAAGCCGGUCCAUAA